GACGACCGUUUGAGGAAGUCGCGAUGAAUUCUCUUGACUGUUGUUACUCUUCGAUGUGGAGACUCACCGGCCUGCCGACGUGGCGGGGCGGAAGAGGAGCCGUCGGCUGGUACCAAACGGAUCACGAUGUCCCAGUCUGCCCCGUCUGAUGCCGAGAGUCUCCCUCCACCUGGACUGACCACGCACUCUGACCACAGCUGUGGGCACGAUGUCCCUGAGGACCCCGCAGUGUCCGCUGAAACACGGCAGCCUCCACAAAUCCCCGAGAUUGCCCUGCAGACCACCGAGGUGGUGACAGAGGACACCGGAGAGACCCUAAGUUCCUGCGAGAGUCAUCUGAAGUGUGACGGUCAUCUGACUGAAUGUGACCAAUCAGUGAGCCUGGAGCCAGAUGCAACAGAGGAGGAGAAGGAUCAGGAGAGCUCACGUCAAGCUUGGGGAGGUUGGGGCUCAUGGGGAAAAUCCCUCCUGAGCAGCGCCACCUCCACAGUGGGUCACAGUCUGACGUCGGUCAAGGUGAAGGCAGGAGAAGCUCUGCGUCUCCACAGGACCUCCGUGGGGGAGGAAGCCAGAGAGGAAGAGGAAGACACAACAGAGGAGAAGCCGGAGGGAAGAGGGGAAAGCGACCAGCUGUCAGGUCAUGAAGAGUCGACUACGACCAGCGCUGCUGCCUCCAACAGGGGUGUCUUCUCUGCUAUCUCCAAUGUUGUACAGAACACGGGUAAAUCUGUGAUCAGCGGUGGCCUCGAUGCACUGGAGUUCAUUGGAAAGAAGACCAUGACCGUUCUGGCUGAGAGCGAUCCGGGUUUCAAAAAGACCAAGACACUGAUGCAGAAGACCGCAUCGCUGAGCCAGAUGUUGAAGGAAGCCAAGGAGAAGGAGCGAGCACGUCUGAGCAACCAGCCCAUCAGCGCACCAACGGCUCAUUAUGGGAUUCUCUUUGAUGACUACCAGGGCUUGUCCCACCUGGAGGCUCUCGAGAUCCUGUCCAACGAAAGUGAGGCCAAGGUCCAAGAGUACCUCUCCUCCCUUGAGGAAGAAGAGCAGGAGGAGGUGAAAAAGGAGCUUAUUUUCAUCAAGGAUAUCUUCAUCAAGAGAGAGGAGGAAAAGGAAGAGGAGGCUGGGAAUGAAGAGCAGGCAAAGGGCGCUGAUCAAGUCGAUGAAGAGUUUAUGAGUGUUUUGACUGAGUUGCUGUUUGAGCUUCAUAUUGCUGCCACACCGGACAAACUCAAUAAGGCUCGGAUCAGCGCCCAUGAGUGGGUGAGCAAGGUGGAACGGCCUGUCACUACGGAGACAGUUGGCAGGGAGACGCGGGAGCAGCCUGGGGGGGAGCAGGGAGAGGAGGGGGAAGAUGGAGUGGCUAAGGAGGAGAAGAGGGAGGAGGAGCAGGAGAGAGAGGAAGCAAAGUUGGAGGAGGACGGAUUCAAAUCUGUGGAGGCUGUGUACAUGUCGUCAGUGGGCAGCCUGGCGGAAGUCACGGCCCGGAGUAUUGAGCAGCUCCACAAGGUGGCAGAACUCAUCCUACAUGGCCAAGAGCAAGAGCAGGAGAAACCAGCAAGGGAUCAGGCACAUGUCCUCACCAGGUUGACGUGCGCCAUGUGUAAGGAGGUGGAGUGUUUGGCCGGAAAGUUCUCUGAAACGCUCCUCCUUGUUGGGUGUCAGAGGAAAGCUGAGGAGCUCAGUCCGUUGAUUGAAAGCGUGCUGCUGGAGGGCUCUAACAGUACCAACUACAUCCAAAAUGCCUUUCAACUUCUGCUGCCUGUCCUGCAGAUCUCCCACAUCGAGAGUCAACGCUGCACAACAUGCACAGAACCAGCAGCACAUUUGCAACACUAACACACGCGCGCGCACGCACACAAUAUUGUACAGAAAGGGUAAAGAAAUUCCACAAGAGCUUCUGUCUACAUUGUCAGAAGCUGUUUAUUUAUGUGUAUAAUGCAAAGUUAACAUUGACAUGUUAACUGGUCUACAGGUAGCCUCUGUGUGUGGCUAACCCUGAUGUUGUUUGUUUUCACAUGGAGGCUUUUAGCCGUGUGCUUAAUACAAAGAUAAUCUCCCAAAAAUACAGCAUAACCAAAACGUGUUGGUGUUUACAUUAAUAUAUAUUUGAAAAAAAUACACAUGUAUGUAUAAGCACACUUGCACUCCAUUGCCUUGACUGACAUAAGAGGAUUGUUCUCUUUUUAAAAUGCCAGUAUUCAAGAUUAAUGUUUUUUUUUGUUAUAUUAAUGACAUCUGACAGCUCCAAUUGAUAUCGCCUAACUGGGCGAAAUGUAUUUCCCCAACAUUCACCCUACCAGGAUCCAAUGGAAAUGGCAUGCGUAGCUAUGAAAUAAAUGCUCUGAUCAGG